UGUCUCAACAAAACCUUGUUUUCCAAAUGAAGAGACGUUUGUUUCUUCCUCCUCUCAUCUUAACCUGAAAGCUUUUAAUCUGAAACUCUUUUCAUGAAAGUAGUUUUGAGUUUUUAAUUAAAAGUUAAUUCUUGACAUUGAAAACAAAGUCUGUAAGAGAUUUGAUCUGGUGUCGUCGAGAGAGAAUCGCUCCGUCGGACCUUCAAUGGAGCAUUUCUCUAUUGUCUCUCUCCUGAAGUGAAGGACGUGAGGAGCUUCUCUUCUUCUGUGGUGUCUAGGACCGGGACUCCGCCUCCUCGCCACCUUUCAGGGCUGAAGGGGCUUCGCUGCUAAAUGGAGUGUAAACAAAGAGAAGGCGUCCGGCAGCUGCACUGAUGGAAAUGUGAACAGCUACUAAUGUGUUUCUCAGCCGCCGCCGUCGUUAUCUCAAGAGACAAAACAGACUUGUGAUGAGAGGAUAAUCCUGCAGCGGCGGUCGACCUCGACCGCGGCCGCCGAAAGAAUUCCUUCCUCUGCCUGUCGAGUGUUCAGAGACGAGUUCCGCAGACGUGACAUUAACACAUUCUUACUUUAUAUCUUCAGACCUGGAGAAAUGUGUAGUUUUAAUGAAGGUGACGUUUCAUUUGCUCACCUGUCGGUGUCGUCUGGAUGUGAAGUGAUCAGAGAAACGAGCUGAACGGACGCCAGACGUCCUGCGUCUGUGAAACGCUGAGGGAGGAGCUGCUGCCUCUUCUCUUCGUCUAGUUUGUUAAGUUUAGUUUAGUCGUCAGUAAACGUCUGUUCGGGAUAAACAUCUGUAAGAGACAGAACCACUUCACAGUCAUCAGUGACGGUUUGAUGUUCACCAGCUCGGAGACGAGGAAUUCACCAAUGUGAGUCAUCAGCCCUCAAAGUCCCAUUUAUGCACGAAGCUGCAAAAAAUUUGGAAAUACAUCAGAACGCCCCCUCCUCUUCCUCCUCCUCCUCCUCCUCCUCCUGCAGUGUCAUGGCGUCCGGACGUCAUUACCGCGACCGGUGAGCGGAAGCUGAUGAAAGCUUCUGCGUCCAAUUAAAACUGAGCUGGAUCCUGAAGAUCACAGUGAGUUUCAGGGCGUCAGAUUUCAAAUUGGAUUUAAAACACGAGGGAUGGGAUAUCUACGAGUCCAGACGCUACGACGUGAAGCACUAUGAAGAUGUUCCUGAGAAGAAGUUUAUCUGGGAAUCAAAAAUGUCCCCGUAGGUUUUAUCAAAGCCGACGAUCCAAAGGACUGAUUUGAUUGACGGGACCUGAGUUCUGUUGUGAUUUAACUGCAGGAAAUUGUGGAAACUUCAGAUUCUAAUCUCACGAGGACUCGAGGGACAAACAUCUUUACGUCAUCCGCCGAUCUGACCAAUACUCUUCCUUAAAAGAAACUGUACAGAGAAGAAAACAGGCCCCAGGAUGGAUCCCUGAGGAACUCCAGGGGUUCAUCGAUCAGCUUCGUUCUUACUCUGGAUAUAAACUGUCCGUCAGAACUUGUCCUGUUGCGUCGACGAAGCCUCUGUCCCUCAUCAAGCCGCCCGGCCCGGGUCUCUCCAUCUCCGUGGUGCCGGCCAAGGCGCCCGUCUCCAUGGUGACCGCACACAUCAACGGACAGAAGGCGGCGAGCUCGGAGCCGCUGCAGACGUCGCCCAUCAACCUGCAGACCGCCGGCAGGGGGGUGGCCACCGCCGCCACCACCGGGGUCCACCCGUUCACCGGCAGGAGGGUCGGAGAGCUGCCUCCCGCUCAGAUGCUGGGAACUCUCACUGCUGUGCCAAUCAAGGUGCCUCAAGUCAGCUCCCUGCACCGGCUGGCAGGACAAGCAGCCACUGUGCUACCUCAGGUCAGGCCAAAGACCCAGAUCCCCGACAGCCUCCCUCACAGCCCCCGCCAGGAGCUGCAGCCCCUCAGCCUGCAGAGAGCCGCCGCCGCCGCCGUGGUCAGUCCCAAGAGUCAGGGCCCGACGCUGCCCACCGCCAACUGCACCUUCAGUCCAGACCACCAGCCCAGCGCCUCGCCGCCCUCGGCCCCCGCCCAUGGCCCGUCGGGGGGCCCAGACUCCGGGGGCCCCACCCAACACGCCUCAGCGGGACCAGGCGUGGCGUACGCCAUUAUCGCCGCCUCUCCCGCCACCGGCAACGGGGUGUCGGCCAUCAGCGAGGCCGUCAAGGUGAUAAUAAUCCAGCCGCAGGCGCCCAGCAGCACCGACGGGCCCGCGGGGCCCCAGGCCGACCUGCCGUCACAGGAGGCCCCGCCCACCCCGACAUCCCCCUCCUCCCAGAGGAAAGACGACGAGGAUCCCGAGAAAGUCGCCUUCAUGGUCGCACUCGGCCUCGUCACCACCGAGCAGCUGGAAGAGAUUCAGACGAAGAGGCAGGAGAGGAAGAGGCGGAGCACGGCCAACCCGGCGUACAGCGGACUGUUCGAGCCCGAGCGUAAACGUCUGGCGUCACAUUACCUGAACAGCUCGCUCUUCCUGUCGGCGCGAGACACUGAGGAUUUCUGCUGGAAGGACGACGUGGAGCAUGACGAGCUCUGCUUCGUCUGUAAGGAGGACGGUGAACUGCAGCCCUGCCACAACUGCCCCCGAGCCUUCCACCCCGACUGUCUCCACCCGCCCCUCAGGACCCCGCCCAGGGGCGCCUGGUACUGCCCCAAGUGUCAGAAGAAGGUUCUGAACAAAGAAAACAUGUCGUGGCCUCAGAACUUUGUUCAGUCGUACGUUACACACAAGACGGUGAGGCAGGAGGAGAAGCGAAGACUCCUGAGAAGAAACAACGAGCUGAAGAAAGAGUGUGAACAUCUGGAGGAACAAGACGAGGAACUGAGCAAGACGCUCAAACACUGCGAGGACGUGCGGCAGCGACUCGUCGACCGGCAGCGAGACACGCAGGCGUCGCUCGAGCGCCUCAAGUCGCUCGUCAGGCUCAUCCAACGGGAGCAGCUCAUCCAGGUCACCAUGACGACCACCGCCACCAUCGCCGCCACCUCGCUGCUCUCCCAGUCUUGGACCAAACCUACCGGCGCCGGGCCCUCGGCCACGCCCCUGCUGCAGAAGAGCCACGCCCACAGCCAGGACAACAACAACAACUAGCCCCGCCCCCCGGGUGACGAUUCUUCUGAAAAAGAAACUGAGCCGCGAUUCAAGUAUUUUUUAAAAACCCGACACCUGCAGUGCUUAACGAGAUUUUCUUUUUUUUAAGUUCUUUUUAUAUUUAUGAUUCUUGUUCUUGGCCUUAAUGUAUUUAUUACAAACCGUUAGAGGAGGAGCCGCCGCAGGAAGUGUUUCCGCCGCCGCGCGCUCGGAAAAAGAUAUUUCCCUUUUUUUAAAACACAGGUUUAAUAAUUGUUCCGUAUGGAGAGAACGGCCGUACUGUACAGUCUCAUCCUCCGAAGAACAAUGAUUUUUUUUGCCAUAAUAAUAAUAAUAAUUCAGGAAGAUGUUUCAUGGUGUUUUGUGAACGAGCCUUCAAACAAACAAAAAAAACAGAGAAUAACUUUUUUUCAGUAUUAAUAGAGUAAAAAAGAAAAAAGUAUUUAAGAUGAAAAAACUACAGAAAUUAGAAGUUUCUAGUUGGAGAGUUUAGUAUUUUCAUGCUGAUGAUGAUGCCUGUUGAUAAAUGUACGUCUGGGGUGUUGAAGGGGAUCAAUGUAUAUAUGUUGUAUUAUGAUUAUGAUUCAUAUCAUCGUUGUCAUCUCCGUCGCAGGUUUUUUCUCGGUUGUCAAACGUCCUGAAACUGAAGCGAGUCUCUGUUUCAUGUCAACUGCAGCGGCUCGAACAAGAAUAUGAAUUUUCAUUUGUAAUAUUUUUUAUAAUUUUCAAAGUUUAAUCUUUAAAAAGUAAAGACUCUUUGGACGUUGGACCUUUAAAAAGAAAAACAUCAUUCUGGAUUUUUGGGCCUAAAGAUUAAUUUCACGUAAUACUUUAAAAUUUCCAAACUGAGGACGCUCAGAGCGAGUUAAAAAAAAAUCCUGGAUGACCUCCACAAAACAUCUUUUUGAAUAAUCCCACUGACAAACAGACGCAGAUGAAAAUAUGACAUAUUCAUAUUCUUGUUUGAGGAGAAGAAUCAGUUGAGAACAUCCAGGGACUCUGCGGUUCAGUUUGUUCCCAGCUGCACUCGAACACAACUCGUCGACGUGCGACGCAUCGUCCACUUCCUGUUCCCCUUUAACCAGAGUAGAAAAUAUGCCAAAAAAACUCUUUGUUUUUCUACUGGGAUCCUUCAUCAAUAAUCAAUAUUCAUAAAUGUCCAUUGUGCUUUUUUUUUUUUUCUUCCUCCCCCUCCCUGCCUGUUUUAUAUUUUAAGAACUGCUGUUGUCACGGCGACGAGCAUGUGAGUGACAGACGAACACUGCCUCAAGUACAAAUACUUUUUUUUAAAUCCAGGGUUUUGUCGUUUUCGCCGUAGAUAAACAACAACACGUCGAUCAGGAACAAAACGUUGUGACGGUCGGUGGACGAGGAAGCGACCACGACGAGGAUGACGAGGUGACUUCAUCGUCUAGUCGUGGUCACUUCCUGCUCGGGCCACUCUUGUCGCGAGUCUUCCUGCUGGUCCAGAGACGUUCACGUUCCACUCGUUUUCUUUCUGCAGCUGCGACGACGCUGCCGAUGCACAAACACGAAUGAACGAAUCGUUGGGGCGGAAAAUGCCUUUUUAUCAUAAAGAGAAGUGAUUUUGUUUUGAUUUGAAUUCAUAUCAGUCGCGACGAAUCAAAGAUACUAAUCCAUGUCGUCGUCGAAGCUUCGUCCGCACGGAAAAAUGCAAAAACCUGCUGCGUCGGCGGAUUCAACGGCACCGAGCGAGUCGAAAAACAUAAAUCUGACUUUAUAUAAUCAGUUGAUCAGUUAGUGAAGUUUCUUGAAGAUAAACCCCUAAAGACUCGAGCCCGAUGCUGAUUCUGAUAUUAGAGAACAUGAAUCAGACGGGAUCAACGUGUCAAAACCUCCAAAAAUAUUCAGUUUGUAGAUUAUCAUCAAAACGAUGAAAAGAUAAUAUUAGACGCUUUUGCUCGAAGAAACAAACAAAAAGUUUUUAUAGAUUAUCAAAAAAAUGUUGACGAAUUAUUUCCUGUCGAUCGUUUUCGAGUUUCCAGUUUUCAUGGGGGUGAAACUCGUCCCCAUGACGACCGACUCGUCUCUAACUUUGCCUUUUCAUAAACGAAUAGAAUCAUGAUCAGAUUCUGGUCCUGAUCCGGAUCAGAAUCAGCAUCAGACGCCACGUGAAGCAUAUUGAUUCUCACCUGAGAGAAAUGUAAAGAAACCAUAUCAACGAUCCACGUCACGUCGAUACUGCACCCGUCAAACCCCGCCCACAUCCCGCUAAACCCCGCCCACCCCCGAGGACACCACCCACCACCACCCUGGUCCCCGCCACCCGACCUCGUCAUCCAUCUCUAGAACUCUUCUCCGGGAGAAACUGUGCAGUGCUUUAACAGAUCUAUUUUAAUACACAACACGACAUUUGAACAAAUGACAAAAAAAAAAAGUUAGAACAUUUUUAUAUUCUUUUAUCAAGGAGCAAAAAAAGAAAAGAAGCGAGAACGUUGAGGUUUUCUGUCGUCUGCUGGUGAUUGAUCGAUGAUUCUGCCACCAGGGGGCGACGGCGUCACGACGCGCUGCAGUGAAACGUCUGUUGAAGUAGAAGUUUUAUUUGUCCGUGAUGCGGCGACUGUCCAGUGGAUCGUGUGUAUAGGAAAAGUGUUUUUGUCUUGAAUAUGCCAAUGUAGUUUUUAUGAUUUUCUUCUGUACGAUGCAUUAACGAGUCGAUCGGUGGAGAAAGUCGGUAAAUGGUUAAACAAGUAGUGACACUUUUUUGUACCGAGUUCUUUACAAAAAAAAAAUUUGAAUCAUUAAUAAACAAAUUCAAGAACAAAA